AUCCUGUUCAUCCAAGGCACCCUACUCAUCCAAGUCAUCCUAGUCACCCAACUGACCCUAGUCACCCAAGUCACCCCAGUCAUCCUAGUCACCGUAGUCACCCAAGACAGCCAAAUCAGCCUAGUCACCCUAGUCACCCAAGUCACCCUAGUCAUCCUAGACACCCAAGUCAUCCUAGUCACACUAGUCACCCAACUCACUCAAGUCACCCUAGUCACCCUAGACACCCUGGUCACCCUAGUCACCUAAGUCAUUGUAGUCACUUAAGACACCCUUGUCACCCUAGUCACCCAAGUCACUCUAGGCGUCACCCAAGUCAUCCUAGUCACCCUAGUCACCCAAGUCACCAAAGUCACCUUAGUCACCCUUGUCACCCUACAUGUAAACCCAAGUCACAUAGGUCAUCCUAGUUACCUAAGUCACCCUAGUGACCCAAGUCACCCUUGUAACCAUAGUCAACCAAAUCGCCCAAGUCAUUAUAGUCACCCAAGUCACCCCAGUCACCAAAGUCACUUUAGUCACCCUUUCACCCUAGUCACACAAGUGACUCUAUAUAGCUAGUCACCCAAGUCACCCCAGAUGUCACCCAAGUCACGUAAGUCAUCCUAGUCACCCAAGUCACCCUAGUGACCUUAGGAACCCAUGUCACUCUAGUCACCCAAGUCACCCUAGACGUCACCUAAGUCGACACCCAAGUCAUCCUAGUGAUUCAAGUCACCCAAGUCACCCAAGUCAUCCUAGUCACCCAAGACACCCUAGUCACCCAAGUCACCCUAGUCGCCCUAGAUGUCACCCAAGUCACCCAAGUCAUUGUAGUAACCUAAGUCACCCUAGUCACCCAAGUCACCCUUGUCACCCAAGUCAUCCUUGUCACCGAAGUCAUCCUAGUCAUUCAAGUCAUCCAAGUCACUCAAGUCAUCCUAGUCACCCAAGUCACCCUAGUAACCUAAGUCGCCGUAGUCACCCUAAUCACCCUAGCAACUUAAGUCACCCUAGUCACCCUAGUCAACUAAGUCAUCGUGGUCACCCAAGUCACGCUAGUCACCCAAGUCGCCCUAGUCACCUAAGUCAUCCUAGUCACCCAAGUCACCCUAGACAACCAAGUCACCCUAGCCACCCUACGGGGUCAAGUCACCCUAGCCACCCUACAGGGUCAAGUCACCCUUGUAACCCAAGUCAGCCUAGUCACCCUAGAUGUCACCCAAGGCAUCCUAGUCACCAAGUCACCCUAGUUUUCACCCAAGUCACCCAAGUCAUC